CGGAGCAUCUCUAGACCCGAUUCUGUUCUUAUAAAUAUCCGGAUACUGACCGUUCACCGAAAGUGCGAGUGUUUUUCUAUAUGGCUAAAUAAUGACUAAUCUAAAAGUGAUCGUUAGGAUAAGACCACUUUCGCAAAGGGAAACAAAGUUACAUUCCACAUCUGUUGUAGAUGUAAUUAACCAAAAUACGCUCGCUGUUACAAAUCUGAAGGUGUCAGAGCAAAAUGCUGGCGACAGUCGGGAAAGGACAAGGAGAUUCAGCUUUGAUUACUGUUUCGAUGAAGAUGUUCUCCAAGAUCAAGUAUUUACAGUUGUGGAGAAAGAAGUUAAAACUGCGAUUGAAAGUAGAUACCACUCGUGCGUUCUAGCGUAUGGGCAAAGUUCUUCGGGUAAAACACAUACGAUGAUGGGAAAUUUUGAUGAACCCGGAUUGAUACCAAGAUUUUGCCAAAAUUUGUUCACUUAUCUGGAAGAAUUUUCGUUAACGUCGUGUGGUAGCCUACAGUGUGGCGUUAGGGAAACGAAAAGUUACCUCGAGAUAUAUAAUGAAAAAGUACACGAUUUGUUGGUUUCAAGUGAAGAUAGCCACCACUUCAAAUCGAAUAGCUUAAGGAUUAGGGAACAUCCCAGAAAAGGACCUUAUGUGCAAGGGCUAACAAAACGUACAGCUGAUAAUCCGGCGACUAUUCUAAAAUGGUUACAUGUAGGGAAUGCGAACAGAAGAGUUUCCGCAACUUUAACAAAUCCCAAUUCCAGUAGAAGCCAUUCCGUUUUCACGUUAACGUAUGGAGAAGGUGUGCAACUACAUCUGAUCGACUUGGCAGGUAGCGAGAGGGCCGGAAAUAAUUAUCAAAAUGUAUGUACACUCAAAGAAGGUGCCACUAUAAACAAGAGUUUGGUUGCUUUUGGUAACGUCAUUUCCACCUUAGCGGAUCACAGUGCGAAAGCUCUCCAAAAUCGACGGAAACGCUUUGUUCCGUAUCGAGAUUCCGUAUUAACAUGGCUCCUCAAGGACACUCUCGGCGGAAAUUCCAAAACGACCAUGAUAGCAACUAUUUCUCCUUCAAACGCAUCUUACAAUGAAACUAUAAACACUUUGCGGUUCGGGCAAAGAGCCAAGCGAAUUUUAUCGCGGCCAGUCGUUAUUGAUGAUCCCAAAGAGAGGACAAUUCGCGAACUUCGCGCGGAAAUAUUAAAAUUAAAGGAGAUACUCGCCAAAAUUCAAGAUUCCAAGCUAUUUAUACAUCCACCAGACUUGUCUACCAAUCUGGAGAACGCCGUGAAUAACUCAGACAGUGCCAUCGUAAAAGAUAAUCCGGUUCAUGUUUCGACCCUCAUCGAACAAGAAGAAGAGGAAUCCAUAGAUUCUGUUUCGCGUAGUGUCAUUAAACCUACGUAUGCUACACGAGAAACGCUUUUACCGGUAAUGAAUGUGACUAGUGCAGUGAAAUCCGAAAAAAGACAAUUGCCCAAGAUUCGCCGUACGUACAGCGUCGAAACUGACAUAAUGAACGCUAAAACAAGUAGAGCGUAUGGAUCACAAGAAGUAAUCUCGAGCACUUCCAAGGAGAAACCUAAGAGACUUUCACAACCGUCACUUUUGCAUAAAAGAAGUCUUGAGAAAUCUACCUCGCUGAGAAGUUCACUUUUGAAAAAGUCCGUGGAUAAUUUACCAAAAAAGGUUGAAAAAGGAGUCGUAACCGAAGAAAAGGGGCCUCAGAAAAGUGACUUGGUGAAGAAGCCGACUGUACAACCACGUGCCAAAAUUGUGGCGGCCGUCACCAGUCGAUUGUAUGGCACAUCGAAAAAGAAAGAAGCCGGUACAGAAACGGAAGAAAUCAAAUCGCCCAGCGAAGACGUGCCUAAAGAACUAACGAUAUGCACAAAUGCCAGAUUGAGAUUACAGGAAUUAACGCAAAAGGCAUUAAAGGCUCACAGAAGGAGAUCGGUGGAAACGCAAACCGAUUUAUACCCGGUUAUGCGUGUGAAAGAAAUUUCGACUGACGUCGAUGAUUUAAGGUUUGCGCUGGCGGAAGUGAGGGACAUUGAGGUAGCUACAAUGGAUAUUGAAAUGAAAGAUGCAUCGGUUGAAUGUGGUUUCGAAACGUUUAGAGACGGCACGGAAAAUAACAAUUUUGUGGUUACACGUUCGUGCGGUACACAAUCCGAAACCUCGUGCGAAACUCAAAAGGCACGGGAGCAACAAAAUUCUGCUGUGUCUUUUACCAAAUAUCUUCAAAGUAUAAAGGAGCCCGCGAUAGAAAUAGUGAAUCCUGCACAUGGUGGUCCGAUUUAUACUAACACUGUUAACAUAAACGUAUCGCACAAUUACAUCGGCCGUCAAAGACUAUCAGAUAUUGCAUCUGAUGAUAGUCUAGAUGAUAACAAUCAGGCGGGUAGUGUUAACCUUCCAACUCCAGAUAUCAUAAGCAAUCAUAAUUCCUUGGAACACGGCAAUGUAAAUCCAUCUCCAGAGCCAUUACAAGCCAGCCUAUUGAGGGAAAAAUACGCAUCCUACGAAACAACGUCGGAGUCUUCAUAUUCGUGUCAAUAUUUCAAUUCAUCAAUACUCCCCAUGUGUGCAGCGAACUGUGUCAUUGAAACCAACUCAUUAGAAAACUUAUCCUCGAUCAAUAUCACACCUUCGUACGGACCACAACAGCAAACCUCUCCCCAAACGUUCACACAUCAAUGCCAUUAUAUUUGCGAACCACAUUUUGAAAUGGCGUACGCUUCAAUGGGGAACGUACCUCCUUUGUGCACUUCAACUUGUUAUCAACCAAAAGUGUUGAAAGCGCCCGAACGAAAAAGGAGAUAUUCGAGAGCGGUAGAUACAGAUGAAGAUCAACAGAUUAAAUUUUCCCCCAAAGAAAAUGAUCGUGUAUUAAAUGCAUUGUCUAAAUUUAUGGAGGAAGCCACAGACCUACUAAAGAAUUUGUCUAAAGCGGCCAUUAAAUUUCAAUCCGAACAAUCAUACGACGUGCAACUGACAGUGAACGACAUAAGCGCCUUACCAAACUGGAACGACCACACCACCAGUUACGAUUUUUCCGCACAAGCCACCGCCGUCGAAGAAGCCUCAUCGCAAACAACACCACGUGCUUGUCACGACGUGUCCGCGAAUACCGAAACGCCAUUUCAAAUUCCUGUAAACGAGUACGAAGCUCUAGUAAAAGACUCGUGUGACAAAUUGGAAGAGUACAUCAGCAAAAUUGAGAGAAAAAGGCCACUAUUGUGUACGUUGCAGUCGACCGAAGAAUCGGAGGAUUACAGUUUGAACAGCCAAGGCACGUCAUCAGACUAUGGCAGUUUACCUCGUCAUUCGAUAAGGAAAACCAGUAGUUUUCCUAGUGAUUAUCUUAAACAGCUCACACUUUUGAGACAACACAUUGUCGAUUCAACACGUGACAGCGAAGUAAAGUUAAAACAGUAGCUGUUAUUUUUUUAAUUAGUCGACCAAAAGCGCAGAGAACGUUGUUAUGUAAGGUUUGAGGAUUUGAGGAACGACCAACAUGCUGUAGAUUUCUUUCAAGUUUGUUUACGCUCCACCUUCAUUUCAGUCCAUCCAUCUUAUAGACAUCGUGGUUGAUGCUUGAUGCGAUAUUCAGGGAUGUACUGUGAAGUGUGAAAUAACCUUUUUCUAAUUUUGACAUUUAAAAUGACACUUUUUAAAACUUGUUGACGUUGUCAAACACCUUACUUUUCACAACCACAAAAGUAUAGUAUUUCGCUACUGGUGAUGAAAAGUAUCACUUUAAAUGUAAAGAUUAGAAAAAAUAUUGUGUAUGGGCAUAUGCGGAAGAGUAGAAGACAUUUACUUCGAGAACAAAAGAAAACCUGAGCUUCAUUUUAUGUCGCCCUUGUAACUGAUGGACAGAGUCUACCGUUACUUGGUACAAAUUUCAUACACUUGAAAUUGGUCUAGGUAUAAGCUUUUUGACACUAUGUAGGUAGGUCUAUAAAUUAAGUAGUAGAAUAGAAAUACUUUGAUUUAUUACAUAAAUCGAAUACACUCAUAAUGUUUCGUGCAAUACACUAAAUUAUGGCAGUUUCCAAAUUGCUCGGUAUGGGAAGGCGUUUAAUAUCUGU